GAUUAAUUUAUUCAUCGGUGACGCCAUUUUGAAUUUGAAAUUUCUUACACAAUUCCAAGAUUUUGACCCACUCCCAUCAAAUUUCUUCCAAGAUUUCAAGAUUUUCUUCCAUGAGAAGAUGUCGAUUUUAGGAAACAAUGAAAAUCUGGGUUCAUCUUCAUCUUUCCAUGAAUUCAGAAGACAUGCUUCCUUCUUCCUCAAGGAAAAGAUCAAGACUGCUCGAUUGGCUUUGACCGAUGUCACCCCUGCACAACUAUUGGUUGAAGAAUCAACAAACGGGAAUCCAUGGGCGCCAGAUGCACGCACCUUGAAGAUGAUAUCAAAAGCUGCUUUUGAAAUUGAUGAUUACUGGAGAAUAGUUAAUGUUCUUCAUAACAGAUUGGUGAGAUUUGAUGCCAAAAACUGGAGGAUAUCGUAUAAAGCUGUGGUGGUAUUAGAACACUUGUUGACACAUGGCCCAGAAAGUGUUGCAGAAGAAUUUCGGACUCACAAAGAUGUUAUGCAACAGAUGACCAAUUUCCAAUACAUUGAUGAAAAAGGAUUCAAUUGGGGGCUUAAUGUAAGAAUGAAAUCAGAAAGAAUCUUGAAAUUUCUUAAUGAAUCGAGUGCCCUAAAAGAAGAGAGAUCAAGAGCAAGGAAAUUAAGCAGAGGAAUUGAAGGGUUUGGGAGCUUUAACCACAAGGUUUCUUCAGAUCAUGGUGUUCUUCAACCAUCUUUUUUGGAUAAAUACAAAAGGUCGAAUUCCCAAUUCAUUGAGGAUGGAUUUCUUGAAGAAAACCAGAUCUCACCCAUGAUUCAGCACGAGAAUUCGGAAUCAAGAAACCCCAUCAAGAAACCUGCCCAAAAUUCGGGCUCUUCCGAUGGAUUUGGUGAGAAUUUAACAGUCAACACGUUGGGAAGUCAAUGGAGUUCGAAAGAAAAUAUGGCUCCUAAAGAGGAUCGUGCUCAUGUUCCAAAGGAAAUGGAUGAGUCGAUUCUGAUAGGGGAAUCGAAUCCUUUGUUGGGUGAUUGGAAAAACGAAUCGCGGGUGACGGGAAAGGUCGAUAAAGAAGAUCAUCCGUUCAACGACGAGGAGAACGAAGCGAAAAUGUCUCUGAUUUAAUCAAAUGGAGCAAGAAGAAAUAGAUUGCUGAUUUGAUUAGUGUGUGUUAUAUAGCAUUUCUCUUGCUAAGAAUGUGUUUUGAUUACGGGAGAUUUAUGUUUAUGUACUCAAACAAAGCUUUUAAAGUAUAAUCUCAUGUUGUGUGGUAAAAUAAAAUACAAUAAAACAAAAUUGGAAUGAGAUUUAUGGUUUGA